AUCCUUCCCAUUUUGCCAAACGGGGAUGGCAUUUUGCCAUGACAUUUUCCGUUCGUUUCUCUCAUCAGGAUGGAGGCGUUGGUCUCACUCCAUCGGGCGUCCUCGAGCUGAGUCGCGACGAUUCCGAUGGCUGAACUGAGACGCCGAGGGGAUCAGGCUGUAACGGUUCCAUUCUUGCCGGUUGUCUCUGGCGGUCCCACCCCCUGGCCUGGGCUGGCGGACCAAAAGCCCAUUCCAACGGUUUAGCAUGGUUGUUCGGCAUAGUUCCUCCGCCUGGCUAUUAUUAUUAACUUCCAUUUGUCACGGUUCGGGCGAUUCCCUCCGCAUAUCGUCGCAGUCGAAACGAAGUCUGGGAUCUCACACUCUUAUUCAACACCCAAGACGAUAUAGAAAUCUCGGAGGCGCGAUGGGAUGGCCCCGUACACGGCAGAUUACCGACGCUACGCGGGCAGGGGAACGCGGAAGGACGCCCGGCCGUGUCGCUGAUUGGCGGCCAACGGGGGGGUAGGAGAAAGUGAUUCCAUUUUCCUGGUCCUCCGGGUGGGGCCUGGGGGUUGGGCGUUUUGGAAAAGAGAAAAGACAAGGCAAGAUAGAGUCAAGGUUAGGUACGUUUGGGUUUCGCUUUGUUUUCGUCCGAUGGGUAUGGAGGGGGGGAUGCGACGUUCUCAGGCCAGGCGGGGCAACAAACAGUUGUCAGCUAUAUGUCAGCGACGUGGACGCUAUAUUUUGUGCAUGUAUACGUAGCAUCCGAACAUCGGAAGUAUUUGUCUAGUAGAAUCAAUAAGAAGGCGGAGAGGUAGUAACGGAUACUGGUAACAAGAUCACAAAUUACCACCCCAGUAACUGGCAAAGUUUAGUCAGGCACUAGUGGGGCGAAGACGAGGGUGUGUGUGUGUGAUUGGUUGGGGGUC